GUUGUGAGGCUCUGGCAGAAAUUGGGUGAAGGCGAGGUGAUGGAUAUAGCAGCCUUUGCUGCACAGCAUUUCGAGCAGCAUCAGCGACCACUACGAAUUGCCAUUGACGAGGCUAUUUGGCGGGGCAAAUUCUUUCUGAAAGAGGAGGAUGUGGUAUCAAUCCGCCGACACCAACCAGCUGCCCGGCCGAAUGAGAAGAAUUUCCUUUGGCGAAUCGUUCAGUUACUACGUCUCAAUUGCCAACUCGUUUUCGUCACCGACGGCCCUCAAAGACCUACAAAGCGCGGGAAGAGCACACACGGCUACAAUGAUCACGGCUUGGAAGACCUGAAGGAGUUGAUCCAAGAGCUUGGCUGCCCGUGGCAUCGAGCACCAGGCGAGGCGGAAGCGGAAUGUGUUCAACUACAGAGGCAUGGCCAUGUGGAUGUUGUCUGGACCGAAGACUCGGAUGCUCUCAUGUUCGGUGCACACACUCUAUUUAGAUUCGAAUACAAGGAAACAGAGAAGGGAGAGCAGAAGAUCAAAAAGAAGGACAAUUAUAAGGUCGAAGUCUACCGGACACACGACAUCCUCCAGAAAUAUUCCACUUUCACACGGGAGGGAUUGGUUCUUUUUGCUGUCCUUGUGGGUGCUGAUUACGACAAACAAGGUCUUUUCAAUGUUGGUCCAGAGCUGGCUAUACAAAUCAUGGCGGAUGGCCUAGGGGAAAGUUUAUGCCGAGCGUCGGACAAUGGAACAUUACCUGCCUGGCGUGGAAAGUUGGAAGAGUCGCUUCGACGAGCAGGUAGCAAAGUCAAUGUUCCUGCAGGAUUUCCUACUCCAGCUGUAGUCAAGAAUUACUAUCGGCCAAUUGUGAGUAGUGAGGAAGCAUUACGCACCCUUCAACACACUUGGUGGAAGUCUACCUUCAAUGAUGACACCUUGCGACCCAUUCUCGGUGACAAAUACAACCUGUGGAUUGAAGAGUACAUCGAACUCAUUGCCCCAAUACUGCUUGUCAGAUCGUUGGCGCAGACGUCUCCUGGACAAGAAGCAAGCAAUAAAUGCUACCGCAUUGAGCGGACUGGUAAAAGUGCCGCUAAAAACGGUCCUGGUCAAUCAAAAAUCAGGUACACCCUAUCUGCAGUUAUGUCUUUGGAUAUCAACGCCGCAUACGAAGACGAAUAUCAUCGGAAGCCGGAGAACAGGCGCAAGGUCUUACGACCAGAUCAAAGACCUCUCUGCGAUGCGGUCCUUGACUGUAUACUUAGGCAUGCUGUUCCGGAUGUCAUGGAAAAUGUCCUUGCGGCUGGUUCUCGGAAAGUGACACCCAGAAAGUCUGAAUCCAAGAAGAGAUCGUUGCCCAGUGAAGACGCAACCAAGUCUGCAAGCAAGAAACCGGUCAAGAAGACAAAGACGAAAUCUUCGAUGCAAGUGGAAGAUUCAGACAACCAAUUGAACAAGAUCCCCAAGUCGAAUGGAAAGGCUACAGCAAAGAUUCCUAGUCAGCCCUCUGAAGAAAUACAAUCAUCGAUCCGUCGAGAAACUCCAAGACAGACACCCAGAACACUAGGACUUCCAGGAUCAGACGUCUCGAAGAAUGCCAAAGUUGCUUCAAAGUCUGUAAUCAUAGACUUGAUAUCAGAUGACGAGGAUGAAGUUGAGCAGCCGAUCAAAGUGGACAAAUCGAUCUACGAGACGAAAUCGGAGGAUGUCAAUGCCCAACCUGAAAGGCAGCCGGAGAAGCAACCUCUGGAUCCGACAUCACCAAAUUCUCUCCGCCUAGCACGUCUACGACAUUUCGAAUCCAAGAAGUCUACCGCUGCCGAGCCUCCUUUGAGCCAUGUAUCCCUAAAGCAGUCACCAAGUGGUUUUGUGAGAUUUUCCUUUGACAGUGAUGAUGAUGAUUGAUGUUUGAAAAUGGAUCAGAUGAGAAGCUCAUGGCGGAUUGAGGCACCCAAAUUGGGCACUCAAACGCGACUCUCGAUGCACUUCUCGCUCGGAAGAGAUGGCAUGUCUGUGAAGCUUUGGAAUGGAGUAUCCACAGUAUACCUAGGUAUUGCUAAGUUUUGGUCGAGGUGGCCAACAGGUUGCAGGCCAUUAGCAAGCUACACGACAUGUUCGCUCUAACGUAGGGUUGAGGCUGACUGUCGAGUGUCACCUCGUGUACAGAACUGUGGCUGGUGGGGUGUUUAUAUGAUAAUAAUUCCAAAGACCUUGCUCAAACAAUGAUAACAUCGAAGAACAAGAGCAUUUCUACGUUCGGUGUAUAAAUUG